AUGGCUCAACCCCAGAAAUGUGCUGCUGUCGUUGUGGGAGCCGGUCCAGCCGGUCUGGCGGUUGUGGGAAAUCUCCUGGAGAAGCAACUUGGAGGGAAGAUUGCCUGGGUUGACCCGUUAUUCCAAGGUGGCCGGAUAAACCAGAGAUACCGCGAGCUUCAGGGUGCCAGAAGAGGAACACUCCUGCUGACUGGUUCUGUUGGCUCAAUCAGCAAUACCAAGGUGUGCUAUUUUCAGGCGUACGCUACGGCCGUUCAACCUUUCCGCACUGUAAUCGAAAACACUCGUAUCCCCAACCCAUUUACGACGAUGGCCAAACUCGACCAAAAUAAAACCUGUCAUUUGCAUCAUGCUAUUGAUGUGGUUCGUGCUCUUACCGAUGGCAUCACAAAGAUGGAACGGGUUCUGCCGUGUCGAGGAGUUGUCACAGCUGCCAACCUGGCCGAGAAAACUGCUACCUGGACCGUUCGCAUCCGGUUGCAGGACUCGCAGGACGAAGUCGAGGUACUGACGCCUCGCCUCGUCGUGUGCACAGGGUCAUCCCCAACCGAGGUCUCUAUCUCUAUUCCCGGGCACCACAUUGAAAGACUGGACCUGGAUCUUGUACUGAAGCCCAGCGACCUGGUGUCGCAUCUUCCCCGAGAUAAGCCCUUGACCGUCGCCGUAGUAGGAGCGUCGCAUAGCGCCAUCCUUGCCCUCCUCAACCUGGUAGAUUUGGCCCGCACAUCCCAUCCCGAGCUCCGUAUCAAGUGGUUCACGCGGCAUUCCCUGCGGUAUGCCGAAUUCAUGGACGGCUGGAUUCUCCGGGACAACACCGGACUCAAAGGGUCUGCCGCCGACUUCGCCCGUCAGCAACUAGAGGAUGACAAGCUGCCACAUUCCGAGGCUGGCCGGUUCAUCACCAAGGUCUACUGCGGCGACAACCAGGAACAAGCACAGUAUGAGCGGCAUCUGCCCUCGUGCUCGUACCUAGUACAGGCCGUCGGCUUCACACGGGACCCGCUGCCAGAGCUGUCAAUCAAUGGCUCCUCAUUGGAGCCCGAGUUCGACCCGGUUUCGGGAGGCUUCCGCGACUCCAACGGCCGCGUUGUCCGGGGUCUGUAUGGGGCGGGCAUCGCUUUCCCGGAGCGGGUGGUCGAUCCGUAUGGCAACGUCGAGCAUGCGGUCGGCUUCUUCAAGUUUAUGAACUUUGUGAAGCGGGUGUGUCCCCAGUGGGUGUCGUAG